UUUUCAAUCUCUCUCUCUUCACGAGAUUUAUUUAAUUGAAAAAUGGCUACGGGAGCUGCCGGCGACGGACUAUUCCGAGGAGUAUUAGACGGAUGUAUUUCCGGUCACGAUAUGGGGAUUCAACAGAGACCGUACCACCGGAACUGCAGCUGUAAACUUCAUAAAUCUCGUGGAAAUUGCUCUCAUUCUUCUCGUUGUACCAACGUAUCUUACCCAAUUCGAAGAUCGUGGAGCGAAAGCUGUUUAUCGUUGGCCGCCGGCGCUUACGCCGGUGCCUCCGGUCAUUCAUCGACGUGCUCUUCCCCGGCUUCCGGCGUCGGCGGGUCGGAUCUCACCGGAAAGAAGAGCUUGGUUCGUUCUACUAGUGAUGAAUAUGACGACGUCGUUUUGUUUAAGGUUUGAUUGAAAUUAUUUUUUGAAUUAAUAUGAUUAAUUCAUAAAGUACAAAAUUAUUGUAAACAAUGAUUCAAAAACAAUUGUUUAUUUAUUUAUUUAUUUAUUUGAUUUGGGGUUUUCGUGUUCAUAUAUUAGAAUUAUGAAGGGAAAAAAAAAGAUAUUGGA